AUGACAUCACCCAUACAAAGUUCUGAUAGAGAUAACGAAGAGGACCUACCUUCAGAUCUACUCUCAGCUGCUGAGGCACUCAUUCAUGCAGCCAAGUACGAAUCCCUCACCGUCAUUCAACAGCUACUCGCCUCCGGAGCUCCCGCUUGGUACCAAGAUCCCGAUCUUGGAUGGUCAUGUUUGCAUUAUGCCGCGGAGAGACGAGAUCCAGAGCUCUUGCGAGCUUUACUCAAAGGUGGAGCCGUUUGGAAUGCUGUGGAUCUAUGGGGUCAGACAGCUGGAGAGGUGUGCAUAAGUCUGGGAGAUCAAGAAUGUUGGGAGGUAAUCCGGAACGAAGGAGUAAGAUCGGAAAUGUUACAUCAUAUCCUCAAGGAUGCUGGGCAAGAGAACGGGACAGGGCUUACUUUACGAGAGAGAGAUGAUACAUCUGCGGGAAAUAACGACGAAUUUCUGAAGAGCGAAUUGAGAUGGGAGUUGGGUGAAGAUGGAAAAGAAAGAGUAUUGGAUGCAGAUGGUAAUGGAGUCAUGAUGGGUUGGGAGGAACCUCUGAUGCAAGAACAUGUUCGUCUAAUGACUGUUCAUCAUCCCGAUGCUCAAAUCGGAGGGGAGGGCAUGUCCAUUCUAAACAUAGGUUAUGGUUUGGGAAUAGUAAAUCCCCCCACCGGUCCCGCUCCACGACAUCACACCAUCAUCGAAGCCCAUCCUCAAGUCUUAGCGCACAUGCGAGAACAGGGCGUUUAUCAAUGGCCUAAUGUGAGAGUUCUCGAAGGUCGAUGGCAAGAUUGGUUACUUGAUUUAGAAAAGUUGGGAGAAACGCUCGCAGGGACCCCUUCUGGAAUGGGCUUCGGAGCUGUUUUUAUGGAUACUUUUGCCGAAGGAUAUGAGGAGUUGAAGAAGUUUUUCGAUGUCUUGCCUGAUAUUCUGGAUGGGGAAGAUGCCCGAUUUUCAUUUUGGAACGGUCUGGGAGCUACGACAGACGCCACGAUCUAUUCAGUCUCAUGCAAUGUUGCUGAACUUCACAUGGAGGAUGUAGGUCUUUCGGUCGAAUGGCACGAUAUCUUCAUCCCCGAAAGUCAAAGAGAAGAAGUAUGGAGAGGAGUCAAAAGAAAGUAUUGGGAUCUUCCUGGGUACAGAUUGCCCAUCGCACAGAUGGCCAGUCCAUCGCAAUGA